AUGACCGAGCUCAUCGUUCUUCAGCAGGAUCUGGCCCAAGCUCAAGAGGAGCUAAGACGUGUAGACAGUGAAAUCACUGCGCUCAGACAACAAACGCUGCAGAUCGAUGGCGUCAUCUUGCAGAGCCCAGCCAUGCAACGCCUGGCUGAUGUUGCAGUGCGAGUCUCAAAGGUCAACACAACAGUGCUCAUAACGGGCGAGUCCGGUGUAGGCAAAGAAGUGGUCACGCGCUUGAUUCACAACGAAAGUCCGAGGGCCAAGGGCCCUUUCAUCAAAAUAAACUGCGGCGCACUCCCUAGGGAACUGCUGGAAACCGAGUUGUUCGGGUACGCACCGGGUGCCUUCACUGGUGCGCUGAGACAAGGCAAGCAUGGUCUUGUCGAACUGGCUUCCACGGGAACGCUGUUUCUGGACGAAAUCGGUGAAAUGCCCCUAGACCUCCAGGUCAAGCUACUGACGGUUUUGCAGGAUAGGGCUGUGACACGCGUUGGCGACACGCGCGCGAUUCCGGUUGACGUGCGAGUGGUGGCUGCGACCAAUCGCAACUUGAAGGAAAUGGUUUCGCAGAAGACCUUUCGAAGCGACCUUUACUACCGGCUCAACGUGGUGCCCAUACAUGUACCAUCGCUUAUGGAGCGCCGCGAAGACAUACUUCCACUCGUCCACCAUUUUGUGAGCGAGUUCUGCCGUCAGUAUGGCUUGGAGCGCCGCAUUUCAGAGCGCGUCAUGCGGAAGCUUCACGAUCAUUCUUGGCCGGGGAAUGUGCGUGAACUGAAGAAUGUCGUGGAACGCUUGGUAGUUACCAGCCCAAGCCCCUUAAUCGGACUGCAGGAUCUGGAAGGAGUCCUUGAACCUCAAUCGGUUGGAACUGAUGGCAAGGUAUUGCUUCGCGAACGUCUCGAGAAGUAUGAACAAGCGAUUGUCGAAGAGGCCUUGAGAAAGCACGGCAAUACGCGCAGCGCCGCGACGGCAUUGGGCAUCAGCCAGUCAAGCGUUGUUCGAAAGGUCAAGCUGACGGAGAAGCGUCACUAA